CGCAACUCCAACAUUUCAGGGCAGAUGGCUCAGUUAAUGAUCAAGAAUCAGACAAAGUAUGUGCCAUCUCUAAAAUCCCACAACACUAGCCCAGUCCAAAUCUUAGAAAGGAUAUAUUUUUUGAUGGAGACGCUUUGACUGAGGAGAGGUCCAGAAACAUUCAGUGGGGGUUUAAAGAUGGUGAUGACCCAUUUGACCGACUUGAAGGACUGGAUCCUGUUGAUGCAGACUGGCAUGCAAAAGCCAAACUGUACCAAGUAAGUUUUCAAUGACAAAAUCAAAAGACCAGGACCGAGUUGUUCAAAGCUGGGUUAAGAUAACCCAGGGUUAGUGCGAAAUUUGAAUUUAGAUAAUAUUCUUUUUGUCAACAGUUUGAUGACUGGAUGCUCUUAAAAAUAACAGAGAAAGUUAUUCGAGAAAAUACUUUUGAACAAAAAAGAGAAACCCGGGUUAAAUUUAACCAUGGGUUAGGCGCUAAUCGGCCUUCGAACAGCUGGGUUAUUGUGUUAUGUUCUUAGUUUUUGUUCCCUUGCAUUCAGAGCAAUUGAAAAAUAUACCUCUAAAAAAUAGGGAACAAAAACUCAUUUAAUUUAUUGUUACAAUAAAUCUAGAUUAUCUAUUAUUAUGAUUUUUUUUAUUCAUACACGUGGAAAGAAAAAUUGUCUUCAGCAAUGAGUCUGCCCCUGAAGUAGGAACUAGCUGUGCUUCAAUGAAUAGAACAGGCAAAACAAAUGCCAAGAAAGGCCCUAAAGAGGACUACAAUGCAUUCAAGGAAUUUCACGACAGGGAGAUUGAAGGCCAUGUCUUAGCGUCCUUUAUGAAGUACUCAGGCAUGAGCUCCAUGGAAGGUAAGAGUUGUAAGCACAAUAAAAUAUGUUCCACAAAGAAGUAUGUACACAAAUAUGUAACUUGGGUGUUUUAAUGCUCCUUCUUCCAUUGUUGGACUGUCAAUUAUUUAUCAUGACAAGGAGGCAUGGCAGUGGUAUAAGGGUAGACUGAAAAGUUUGUGAAAAAACAUGAUUCUCCAAAUGUUUUUGAUGUAAAAUUUUUAACCCCUCUCAUUGAGUCUAAUACAACAGUGACUCAUGGACCCUGGAACUGAAAUUAUUUUAUGUACAAAUUUACUUUUAGAUAAGCCAAGUAAUUUUCAAGUACCUGGAUGCUGGGAGAGUGACAUAGACAAACGAUCCUUUCUACAUAAAAGAUGUAGGAAAUAUUCAGAAGAAUCUGUUUUUAACACUGAGGAGGUUUCAGACCUGACAAGCCAAAUUCAUAGGCUAACAUCCACAGAAGGCUACCCCUGCAGAAAUUGUGGGCAAACGUUUACAUUUCAUUCUGGAAGGGUGAGGUAAGUGACAACAUUUCAGCAAUAAUUCUGUGCAUCUUUAAUGUCUUACAUUAUUUUCUUGAUCCUCAAAUCUUGCAAGAUAACAGUAGCAAUCAAGUCUUAAACGUAAGUCAUUACCUUCCCCCAAUCCUAUGCUACUGGAACAACACGUCUGCUCUUAUAUGUAAACAAAUAAGUAAAUUAUAGCUGUCAAGAGAUAAUCGCAUAUGAGAUGAAAGGUCAGUAGUCAUAAAUUUAACUGAUUUAACAAUUUAUUCUGUGUAACAUAGCAGAAACAAUGAAAAACCUCAAGGUUCAAAUGACCAACGCUUGAAGUGACUUUUAAUCCAGUAAAAGUGAAAAGCUCCCCCAAAAGUCUUUCAGACCACUGAUGGCCUACAGUUUACUGUCUACGGACAAUGGUAACAAAGAAGAACCCUGUCUCAUCUUGAAUUAUUGCAAUAACCUUGAUGCAAAGACAUGUGCACAAGACAAUUUCAGGGUAGAAUCGAGCUAUUUAACCAAAGUCAAUUGGGUAUUCAAUCCUAGCCCCCUUCAACAAUUUUUGUGUUGAUGUACUUCCUCCUUCAGACAUGAACGAGAUAGCCACCCUGAUCUUCUUAUUCUAGACUCUCGACCAGAUGAUGACAGGGACAGUGAAGGUUACUUCAGAUGCCGUGCUGGCUGUGGUCUUGUAUACAAAAGGGAUACAAGAAAAGGCGUUAAAAAGCCUUUUCUCAAGGCAAUUAAAUUAUAGCACAUACAUGUAUUUCAGGUAAGUACUAUCAAAAGAUACUCAAAAAAUACUUACAAAGUCCUGCUUUCUAAUUUUAUUGCAGACAUGAGAAGACAAAACAUCCACAGUACAGUCCACCAGACCUACCGCUACCUACUGAAAGCACUGAAAAACCCAAAGGUUUCAAAUAUAACUACAACCAUGCAAAGUUGUGCUUCGGCCUCAUUAUGCUAGAUAUAAAUGAUGCCAUAAAAGAAGGCGAUGGCGAACGUCUCAUGAGACUUUAUAAAGUUGCCCUUCUUAUCUGUAAAUGCUAUGGUUGCAUUAAACAUGCAUAA